AUGACAGGAAUCCCCUUUGAGCAGAGUCUCAAAAUCAAGCAAUUGUCCAAGGACUUUUUCGAAUCAAUUUACCCCUCCUGGACAUGGCCUGAUGGAUCAAUAGUACCCGGCGGCGUACUCAUGGCAUUUGCCGCAGCAGCCGCAUACGAAACUCUCGAAGAUGAUUGGGCUAUUGAUACUUUACAAUCGCAUUUCCUACUUGGCCCGGAUGCUACAGUUCCUUUACGGUUUAAAGUGCAGCGAUUGAGUGAUGGGGGGAGAUUUGCUGUGCGAGCUGUGGAAGUUUUGCAAGGGGGGAAGGUUGUUUGUUUUGUUACUUGCAGUUUCGUCCGCCCUAAAUCCCUUCAUGGUCCAAGCAUGCAGCACACCGUAUCCCGAGCCACAGAUUUGAAAGUCUCCUCCAUAACCCUCGACGAUCUAGCCUCGACCUCUUCUUCAUCAUCGCAAGGAAACCGCUGGAUGCAAUUCCAACGUUUAGGAGUCGUAUUCCCUCCUCAUCAAACAAAUGAUCCUCAUCCAUCCUCAACUCCGUCACCUUCAAAAGGAAUCUACACAUCAGUCGGCACAAUCCCCUCCCUCAACUCCUUCCCCCCUACCAACAAUAACACCAACACCAACUCCAACAACAAAAACAACCAAAAACUCCACGCCCUAGGCCUAAUAGCCCUAUCAGACUACCACGUCCUCGACGGCCCCCCACAUCUCCACUCCCUAACCACCAACCAACCACCCAUCGGACAAAACCCCACAACAAGCACAACCCCCCCUACAAGAAAAUCCGAUUUCCAACGCCUCACAUCUCUAAAUCACAACAUCCAUUUCCGACUUCAUGAAGGUUUUCAAGCGAGUGAAUUGUGUUAUGUGGAAGUUACGAGUGCGUGGACGGGGGCUAGACGAGGGGGUAUUUCGAGUCGGAUUUUUACGCCCAGUGGGGAGUUGAUUGCGUGUUGUUUUCAGGAGGGGUAUUUUGUUCUUUUUGAUGGUGGGGAUGCUGCGGGGGAUGAGAAGAAGGGGGAUGGGGAUGCUAAUGAGAAGAAGAAGGGGGGGAGUAAAUUAUAG